UCAUUGUGAACAUCAAGACAGAGGAUCCCAAACCAUUGUUGGGACAAUGUUGAAAACAUGGUAGUACUUGGGUCAGUCGUAUUUGCAUAUGGAUAAUUAUCUCUUCUGCUUAGUUUUCUCUGCGGCCAAUAGUAUCUUCUUUUUACUGCAUUUGACAAGAGCAAAGUUUCGAAGCACAGAAGUCAUCUCUUACAAUUUUCCUCCAUGCUGUAAUUUAAAGCAGAGAUCAUUAGUAAACAAAAGCCCAAGUAGACAGCAAGUAAAGAUCCUUUUGUGUAGAAAGCACAGGCUUUGGUGUACUAGGGUUCAUUACAGAAGUGCGUCACUGGGAUUAUCUAAUAAAAAUCACCUUUUUUUGAAGAAUGUCCAUUAUGGUGAAGGUUCAAGGCCCUUCAAGGCUUUUGAAGGGUUUAACGAUGGUGAAUCAAAGGUCUUCACUGAGAAUUAUAAUGGUUAUGUGAUUGGUAGUGACGAUGACGUUGAAAGUAUGUCAGAAAGUGGGGAAUCAGUAACCAAGGUUUUGAUUCCAGUGUUGCCUGAUGAGUCCAAUGUUGAAUCUGGUGCUCCAAUAAGCAGUUGUUUCUGGGAGUGGAAACCUAAAUUUAAUGUGCAUUACGAGAAAUCAGGUUGGGAAAAUGUGAAUUGUCCGCCACUACUCUUUCUUCCUGGUUUUGGUGUUGGUUCUUUUCAUUAUGAAAAGCAACUGAAGGAUUUGGGUCGUGAUAAUAGGGUAUGGGCAAUUGACUUUCUUGGGCAAGGCAUGUCAUUGCCUAUUGAAGAUCCCACUUCCUCUUCUAAGGAGGAGGGUAUCACAGCAGGGAAGAAUUUUGUGUGGGGAUUUGGGGAUAAAACUGAGCCAUGGGCAAGUGAUCUGGUUGACUCUAUGGAUUUAUGGCGGGAUCAAGUUCGCUAUUUUGUAGAAGAGAUACAAAUAGAUUUACAUUUUAACUCUAAGGUCAUUGGUGAACCGGUUUACAUUGUAGGGAACUCACUCGGAGGAUUUGUUGCGCUAUACUUUACUGCAUGCAAUCCUCAAUUAGUGAAGGGCGUUACUCUACUUAAUGCAACUCCUUUUUGGGGAUUUUUACCUAAUCCAAUAAAAUCUCCAAGACUAGCAAGGAUAUUUUCAUGGUCUGGAACAUUUCCUCUACCAGAAAGUGUUAGAAAGCUGACUGAAUUUGUUUGGCAAAAAAUAAGUGAUCCUGAAAGUAUUGCCGAUGUACUUAGACAGGUUUAUGUAGAUCAUUCUAUAAAUGUAGACAAAGUCUUUUCUCAUAUUCUUAAGACAACACAACAUCCUGCUGCUGCUGCAUCAUUUGCUUCAAUUAUGUUUGCUCCUCAAGGAGAGCUUUCUUUCAGGGAGGCUUUAUCAAGGUACACAUGUCAUAUGAACAAUGUGCCUAUCUGUCUUAUGUAUGGAAAAGAAGACCCCUGGGUGAAGCCUGUCAGGGGUCUUCAGGCGAAAAAGCAAGUUCCUGAAGCUCCAUACUAUGAUAUCAGCCCAGCUGGUCACUGCCCUCAUGAUGAAGUUCCUGAGGUGGUGAAUUAUUUGCUACGUGGAUGGAUCAAGAACCUGGAAUCUCAGGGUGCUGUUUCAUUACCCUUACGAGGUGAUAAUAUGGAAAUGGAAAGUGUUCAGAAUAGCAUCGCCAAGGACUUGGAAUUUAUGAGAGAAGGAUCAAACAAAUCAGUGAUAGUGCGAUUUUUUGGAUCCAAAUUCUCACUUUGGAGCCGGAUAGAAUCUUACUUUAAAUCUCGCUUUGGCAAGUUAGAAGCCAAACAGUGAUAACAUGUCUAUAUAUAGUUUUUUUAAUUCCAUGAGAUAAAUGUAAAUUUCUGUACAUUCUCUCAUGGUUAAUUGUAUGAUUGAUACCAAAUGAAUCACAGGCACGUCAACCAAGCCCUGAAUACUGAUAUUGAUUUUGA